AUUGCAAAUGGACUUUGACGUCAUACGUUUCUAACUGCACUGGAUGGGUGUAAGGAAGCUUACGUGCUUGCAUGUAGUAGAAAGUAUUCUGAAACGAUUCGGUGUGUUUUUAUAGUGUUUUGGAAGAUGACUAAAGGGAACUACUUCAGUUGGUGUUUUAAACCAAUUGAAGUUAUUCAAUAGUUUGUAACAUUCUAAGUAUUUUGCUGUGGAAUUUGUCGAUUGUGCCCAAGAGUCAUGGCUACUGUCGCAGAGUUAUAUACUGAUUUUAUAUUGUACAUCACACCUGAGAAAUUUUAUAUUGAAGCAAUUGGUGAUGGAAAUGAGUUGCUGGUUAUAGACAGAGUGAGCCAAGAAAUUUCUUUACAAGUGAAUUAUGGUCAGAUUCCUCAGGCUUCCAGUAGUAAGCCAAUAUGUGGAAUAGUAGGUACUCUUCAGUUAUUGGCUGGUCCAUAUCUCGUGAUAAUUACAAAGAAAGAUAAAGUUGGAACCAUAAAUGGUGAAACAAUAUGGAAGGUUGCUGAAAUAGAAGUAAUAUCUUAUACACGAACCUUGUUACAUCUGACUGAAAAACAGAUCUCAAAAAACAAGCUGUACAUUUCAAUGGUUGAGAAUGUACUAAAUACACCAUUUUUAUAUUUCUCGUACUCGUACGAUAUCACACACACACAGCAGAGAUUACAUAAUACCACGCCAGAGUUUUUACAGAUGCCUUACCAUGAACGAGCAGAUCUAAGAUUUGUGUGGAAUGGACACCUGCUUCGAGAAUUAACAAAUCAGCCUGAAUUAUCCAAAUUCUGCUUACCACUGCUGCAUGGUUUUAUCUCAAUUAACCAGUGUUCACUAAAUGGUAAGCCAUUCUUGUGGACAGUUGUGUCGCGCCGCUGUUGUUUUCGGGCUGGUACUCGGCUUUUUACCAGAGGCAUCGAUGUGCAGGGCAAUGUUGCCAACUUUGUUGAGACAGAGCAAAUAGUGGAGUUUGGUGGAGACAGGAGUUCUUUUGUUCAAACUCGUGGCUCAAUACCCCUUUUCUGGAAUCAACUUCCUAACCUCAAGUUAAAACCUAAGCCACGGCUGAUCCAGAAUGAGAAUCAUGCAGAGGCUUUCUCAAGACAUUUCGACACACAAAUUUUCAAUUAUGGCAGGCAGGUCCUCAUCAACUUGAUUGAUCACCAAGGAGCAGAAGGUAUACUGGAAGAAUCUUACAGUGAAAUGGUGAAUCAAUUGGGCAAUGCAAACAUCAGGUACGAGUCUUUUGACUUCCAUGCAGAAUGUAGGCAUCUACGGUGGGAUCGGCUGAGGAUCUUGACUGACAGACUGGCUCAUGAGCAAGAUGAGUUUGGUUGUUUUCUGCUCACAAGGGAUGGGACUUUAGUAUCACUUCAGGAUGGGGUAUUCCGGACCAAUUGCAUUGACUGUCUUGAUCGAACCAACGUGGUACAAACCAUGUUGGCCAGGCGGAGUUUGACACAGAUAAUGCAGAAACUAGGAAUCUUGAGGGCUGGACAGAAAGUAGAAGAUCAUUUAUAUUUUGAGCCCCUCUUCAAAAGUGUGUGGGCGGACAAUGCAGAUAUUUUAAGUACAGAGUACUCUGGAACAGGUGCCCUGAAGACUGAUUUUACUCGGACUGGCAAACGUACUAGAUGGGGGCUUAUUCGUGAUGCAAUCAACUCCCUUGCUCGAUACUAUAAGAAUAACUUUGCAGAUGGUUUCCGCCAGGACUCUAUUGACCUGUUUUUGGGCCGGUAUAUGGUAGAGGAGGGAGAAGGUGUCACAAGACCAUGCCCUCUUGAUGUGGAAAAGGGUUGGAAGUAUAUUACCUUCCCACUGGUUCUCCUGAUUGCCAUCGCUAUGUUCUUCGCAAACGUUUUCACUCCAUCUGAGUAUACAACUGAAAGUCUUCUAUACCUUUUAUUCUGGGGAUCAAUGGUAGCAGUUACAUUUGCAACAAUCAUGAUCUAUGGUACUGAGUUUGUAGAUUAUCCCAAACUGUGUGAGAUACGGUAAAUAUCUACAACCAUAGAAUAAUAGACUCUUGUCACCUGCUUAAAUCACCGUUCAGAACUAAGGGAGAUUCAGACUACUGAGUGAACUGGAAGUUACUGUGUACCUCGGUAUAACCCGCUGUCUGCAUUGAACUAGAUUUCCAUCUGUGGGUCAAUAGGCACACUGUAAGGUGAGCUGCAUUAUAAUUAUAGUGUCUGCCUCAUGUUCAGAAAAAAGGAUUUAUAAGGAAGUGUUUACAGUCGUAUCUGCAACAUCAUAGUUCUGUAACUUAAACCAUGUGUAAAUAAUACUGUAAGACUUUACAAAAUUAUGUUUGAUUAUUAAGAAUUUGUAAGAUACAAAGCAUGUACUGAUGCUGUUGAAAUUGAUUGAAGGAAAUAUCUUUUGUUUUAUACACAUAUUAUUACAAUAUUAUUAUUGCUUUCAUUUUUGUGUUCAUCUCUCGUAUGAUAUGAUAAUGAGAAAUUAAUAAGUAUUCUUUGAGUUCAGUGAUUGGACCUUCUUAACUACAGUUUGUUAUCCAUCAGGUAAACUUUUUUUAAAAUGUCAAGUCAUUUUUGAGCUUUGUCAUAUGGGAAGAUGGGAUUUAAACCUAUUGGGCUGCUGGCUGGACUUCACUCAUGGGUUUAGCAUGCUUUAGCGGUAUGCUGCUGUGGCGAACAGGACGAAGUGUAAGCCUUGGUGCAUUGACAUUGAAGGUUGGAGUAGUUUAUUUCUGUUUCUGUUUUAUUAUACAUGAUGUUUCUUAUACAGCACUGCCUUUGGGGUAUGUUCUAUGCACAAAAAUAGCAAAAUAAGUAAGUCUGUGCAAACACAGGUUGUUGGGACACUUUAUAUUAUGGUCCAUUUUAUUUCAGUGGAAUAAAAGGUACGGUAUAAUAACAUCUGCAGGGAAGUGUUUAUUUACAAGUUGUUGAUUCCAACAUUAUGAAUUACUGUUUUGACAACAAAUUACAAAAUGUGGUCGUAGUGGUGUCCUUAUGCUUCUGCAAAGUGCACUGUAUAUCUCAUUAUAGAAGUUUUUCCUUGGUUUUGUGCACAGAACAUGCCCUUACCCCUGAUUUAUAGUUAACGAUACAUCAUUUUUGUAAAUUGUGUGAAUUGUAACAAGUGUCAUCAGGUAUUUAAUGAGAUAAAAUAUCAUUUAUAACAUGCAUGAGAUUUUCCUGUUUCAUCAUUAUUUCCUGUAUUAUCCACUCACUGCCACAAUUUUCUUCAGUUGAUGCAGUGUAUUUCAAUUCAGAAAAAAAAUCUGACAUGAAACUGUAACUAUACUUUCAGUUAGUUCCUCAUUGGGCAGUCUGAGUGGUGAGAAUCAGAAAAGGAAAUAUCUUCACACCAUGAUGGCAAAUGCAACCUCAUCGGGAAUUAUUUUAUAUAAUGAAGUUGACAGCUUGACUUUGUAGGGCAGAAGGAACAUCCAUUCCAGAAAAUCCAUGAGAAAUGCCAAAGUAUCGUGUAAAACCUUGAAGGAGAAUAAAUAAUAAUAGCAAUUCAAUUAUCAUAAGUGGAUCAUCAAAUUAGUAAUACUAGUAAUGCUUCAACUAUAUGGUAGUAGGAAUUUUGUCAUGAACUUCCAGGUCACGUUCCUCAUAGCGUGUGGAAAGGUUAUAAAGCUUGUCAGGUGGGAUUUUCAUUUUACAUUCAGAGAUUACUGGUAUUAAUGGAGAAAGUUGGUACCAUAAAUUGAAGUAAUAAAUCAGUUUUAUGUAAUUUUUUAUGGAAUUAUUGUGUGAUAACUUUAGCUGAAGUACAGUCACAGUCUUUAACAGGUAUGUAUCUUUUAAAAAACAGCAUUUCGUACAUUUUAAAUCUUUUAUCCCUAGAGAAUAUUCUUGACCUUAAUUUGCUAUGUACAAGGGAAGCGUGUAUGAAAAUCGUUUAUGUAAGUAUAUUUAUGGAGGACAGUACUAGUUAUACAUUGAAAGUCAUACUAUUUAUACUUGAUAAUUAAUCAGUGUCAGAGGUGCUACAUUGUGGUGUAAUAAUAAUGUGUAACCAUAUUUUAUCAUAUCAAAACCAUGAAUAUUGGUAUAAAUAUUACUACCUGAUUUUAUCUCAUUGUUUGAGGAAUCAUUUUAUUUGUAAAUGUUUACAUGCAGGUUAUUGGAACUUAAUCUACAUGGAAAACAAUAUUAUGAAUACCACAUUGAUAAAACAAUUUUGUUAUAAACAUGUUUAUAGAAGGCAGUAAUCAGUCAAGUACAUUCUUUUAUAAGUAUUUUCUUAUCAUAUUUAACCAUGUUUGUUACUUACAUGAUGUAUUGAUAUGGCAUGUCGUGACAGCUGUAAGAUUUUCUACACAGCUAUCUAUACAUUCUUGCUGUUUGUAGUAAUAGGUUGUAACUUCUUCUUACUCAUAUAUUUGGGUAUAGCAAAACACAUUUAUAUAUGGAUGUGUUAUCUAAAAACCACUACAUUUUUCCACCCUUAUCAGCCACUGUUGAAAUAAUGACCUUAUUAGACUGGAUCCCUUUUCAAUAGAUUUUACAGCUUGUCAUGUAUUAUUAUGAUAAAUGUUUAUUUAAAUACAUGGAAUCCAUUAAAUUUUAGAUAAAAUGGAUAUAUAUUAAAAUGCUGAGACAUUAAAAAUAAGGGUCAUGCUACAUAUCGUCUGUAGUUAAUAUGUUAAAACAUAAAUGUUGACUCAAACAUGUUAUUUUAAAGUUAUCAGCCAGCAUUUUAAUAUAUAGCAAUUUUGUUAACAGUAUUAACAGAAUCCAUGUAUUAUGCAUUUAUUAUAAUAAUGUAUCACGCUGUAAGACCUACUGAACUGCAUGCACUAAUUCAUUAGUGGCUUCUAUGUAUAUAUCCACUUGGUGAUGAACGUAAUUGUUUAAACAUGUAGUGUAGCUUUCAGAUAAUGCAUUCAUGUAUCUACAUGGUACUGAACACUUGCAUGAAAGGGCAGCAGUGAAUGGCUUAAAAACAUUUCAGUUUGAGAUCUAGCUACCUUUGAUGUUUGACAGUAGUAAUGUAUAUUUAUGAUGUAUGUGCUGUUCAAGACCAUUUUUGUUCUAGCAAGAUUGUCAUACUUCCCUUGGUCUAUCUGCUCCAGGAUUAUGUAGUUUGUUAUUUUAUUUAAGCAUAGAAUUUCUUCCUGACCUGAGUUAAGGGGAAAUGUAUAUUUGUAUAUUAUCUUAAGUUCA